GUAUGUAGCUCUGAGGAUUCAACCGACUAGCCUGUAAAGGCUGUCACAUUGAAAUGGCUAAUAUUAUUUUUGAGUCCAUUGGAAUACCAACAAAGUUUCUGAGACCAGUGUCAUCGACAAAGUUUCUGGGACUGGUGACAGAGCCUUGGUUGUUGUCACUGGUGCAGAGUGGACAAUGUCCAGAUGAACUGGACAUAAAUAUCUCCGACUCGGAAAUCGAUGGUCUGCUUGCCAUGUCUAACAUUCAGACUCCCCAGCCCUGGAUCAGGAUUUUUAUUAAGAUCAAAGAACCAUACUCAAAACCCAAACAGGACCCUGACUCACCAGACUGUAACACUGUUCCCUACACUUUACAUGGACAUCUGGACAACAUUAAUCAGAGGGUUUAUCAGGACAUGUGGCGAUCUGUCUAUAGUCUGUAUGAAGAAGGCAAACUGUCUAAUUCACGGGGUGUCCAGGACUUGUCUUGUACACAAAGUGUGAUGGGUUGUCUUGAUGUUUCCAAAUUUCUAUUGGGAGAGAGCUCCACACCCAAUAUUGUCCCUAUCUACACUACAAAGGAAACAGGAAACCGUCUUAUAGUCAUAGAAAAGUAUAUUCCACACUCUGUUCAUAGCAUACGGGCCUACAGUCCAGCCAUUGUUAAUCUUUCUAUAGCUAAACCUUUAUUCCUGUUGUACCAACUCCUAAAAGUGAUGCUGGUGUUCCACAAUCAGGGGGCCAGAAUUGGGGACCUGAGUAUGUACAAUGUUCUGGUGGACACCAAUCUGUGGGUGUAUAAGUCUGCUGUGUGCACAAAACCUCCAAUGGAAUGUGAGCUGAAGAGAGCAGACAGCUGUACAAACAUAGACACAGUCACCAACUCUAGGAUUGACAUCACAGAACUGGAGAAAAUAGAGAACAUGGAGCCUGUACAGUUCCAGCAUCAUUACAACCAGCUGAAGGUGGAGCUGGUAGAUUUACCCUCUCUAGUGGACAUGUGGGUAAACAGAAAAAUCACAAACUUUAAAUAUUUGUUGGUUUUAAAUCAUCUAGCUGGAAGACGAUUAGGUGAUCCAAAUCACCACCCUGUGUUGCCAUGGGUGAUGGAUUUCUCUGGCCCAGAUACUGGCCUUCGUGAUCUCACGGUAUCAAAGUUCAGACUGAACAAGGGAGAUAACCAGUUAGAUUUAACCUUCCAAACAUAUUCCAGUGACCACAUUCCACACCACGUCCCUGAUGUUCUCUCAGAUAUCACAUACUAUGUCUAUAAAGCCAGACAGACCCCAAAGUCUACACUUUGUAAAUAUGUCAGAUCAAAAUGGGUCCCUAAUGAAUAUCCACACAGUAUGCAGAGAAUGCAGGAGUGGACACCAGAUGAAUGCAUCCCAGAAUUCUUCACAGAUACCACCAUUUUUACCUCCAUCCAUGAAGAUCUUCCAGACCUGGAGCUGCCGAGCUGGUGUACUUCAUCUGAGGACUUUGUUAGGAGACACCUGGACGUUCUGGAGAGUGACUCAGUGUCAGAGGAUCUACAUCACUGGAUUGAUCUCACUUUUGGGGUCAAGCUGUCCGGGUCUGCAGCUGUUCAGUGUAAGAACGUGAACCUUCGUCUGGUGGACAAUCACACGACCAUGCUGAACCAUGGUGUUGUCCAACUAUUCCAGGAGCCCCACCCCCACAGGAUCCCCUCCUCUACGUCCAUGAAACCCACACCCCCUCGUCUGCCAAAAAACAUGUUUAUACUCCACAAUUUACCAGAAAUUCAAGAAGAAAGUCAUUUUGACAAAAGAGUAGCGAAGGGCCCUGAGAAUGACCGAAUCACGUUACCAAAGAUGUACGAUCCCCUCGCUGACCUUAAUCAGAUGGAGGCCUCCUAUCAAUUCUCUAGUAGGACAUUUAAACAGAUGCCAAAGAAAACAGAGAUGCAGGCUUGUAUUUCUUUGGACCCUGUGACUGAUGCUGUGUGGAGGGACAUACAGAGCUUUGCCUGUCUUGCCUGUGAGAUUUUUCUGAAGGAUCAGAUCCAGUUUCAGGACAGAUCCUGGUCACUAGAGGAUCGCUUCACUUACUUGUGUCAGCUGUACAGAGAGAAUCCAAGUCUUAUACCAAGGUGCAUUACCUCCCUAGCUCAGGAGAUACUUCACUUACAUAAGCCCCCCGCUGUCGUUGAGGAUAUUGCCACUAGGGGGCACCUGUCUCUGUUCCGGUACCCGACUGUGAGUUCACAAGGAUUACCACCACCCACACCUGCUCAGCUUCUCCACCCGUUUGUAGAUCUCCUUCCGUUCCCAGCCUACUUCUCCCAGCUGUAUGAGUGUAUCUGUAAUCUCCGGCAUAAAGACCAGGAGAUACAGCUAAUUACAUGGAGGAAAAACAGCUCUUUGGAGAAAGACAAACUUAUCAAAGUCAUUUCCCGAGAAAAGGUCACCAUCUUACAGCACUUCCUGGAGGAGAAUCAGGGCUGUUACGGAGAGGAGGGGAUUGAUUUAGUCCUACCCUACGUCCAGGAACUGUUUACACAGGAGGACACGGCCAUACAGGCAGCAUGGUCACUCUUCAAUCUUAUUGGACAAGAAUUAGGACCAAAGGAAACCGCCAAAAUAUUUCUACCAUAUUUAGUGAGAAUAUUUAAUGUAGAACAAUCCACACCCAAACACAUGAAGAUUUACCACCGGUCAUUCCUGGUUCAGUUAUUGGUGAGGCUAGGUCUGACUGUGUUCCUCAAUAACUUCUCCACUCUCCUGGUGGAGGCGGCGGCGGGAUACAGGGACUACGUGUUUGAGGAUUUGUACCUCGAUAACCUCUAUCCCAAUAGUCCAGGGUCCCAGAGAGAGUCAACAAAAGAGUUACCUCCCCUGAAGGAAGAGAGUGUCAGUGAUGAGGACUCACAGACCUUUGAGGACACACUUCCUGAAGAAGACAACACUGAGGACGAAUUCUCUGGAGAUUUUCCUUGUAUCCUCGAGGACGGACAACAGGGGACGGAGUCAGUGGAGGAUGAGGAAGACAUAGACAGAUUAAGUGAAACCUCACAAGACGCGGAUGAGGAUGAAGAUUCAGCUGAUAAAACCUCAAUUCACAGUUUGGCCGGGCUGAUUGAUCCCAGCCAAAGAGACGAGGCGGUCAGUGAUCUGGAGGAUGAGGACUCUGAGAGUCUGCAGUUUCAGGAAGAUGAUGAGGACACAGACUCUAGUCCUCAGAUGAUUCCUGUAGGCUCCAACACAGGCAGCUCACACUCCACCAUCACAGGAAGUAAAGGAAUGGUCCGCAGCGAGACGGAUGAGUUUGCCAGGACUAUGUCAGAAAAGUCUGAAUCCGAAGUCGUUAAUAUCAAGGAUGUCGCCACAGAGAGCAUCAAGUGGUUGUCACGACGACUAGGCUGUGUGCUGACGGCUAAGUACCUGUCUAGGAAUUUGAUUCGCAUGUUGACUCUAUGCUACCUUGGUGAUGAACAACUAAUAACCAUCACAGAUUCAGAAAAACGGUUCAAUAAGACAUCACGACUUGUGUUUGGAGACAGAAAUGCACAAAAAGUAUUGGAAUGUUUGUCUGAAAUCUCGCAGCUGUAUGGAGAACAAGUAGUGCUGCUGCAGUAUAUACCGUGUACUGUAGAUAUGGUGACCCUGGCCAAAAAGAGGCUGACCCAGAAAGGAGAGGCAGGGUUAAUUAGUGCACUUGUACUGAUGAGGCAUGUCCUGCCCCUCAUCUCAGACACAAGUCUUAUGGAUAUACUUCAGGAGACCAUUAUUAAGGAAGUUCUCAGUCCGACCAUCAAACUGGUUUCCUCCCCCUCCUCUCAUUUUCCUGGUGGUAGCAGCAUUAGGACUGUGAUCUGUCAUAAACUGGUGGACGUGGUUUAUGUGAUAGGCCUUCGUCUGGGAUUUGAAAUGACCAGGAACCAGAUGACAGGAAUUUUAAAAGAUUUCUUCUCUUCAUUUAAUCAAGUGUAUGGACAACAGAUGCUGAGGUCUGAGUCAUCUCAAAGUUUGUCUGAUCACAAACAGGGGAAGGGGAACCAAGCUGGAUCCUUGGAUGAGUAUUGUAACAUUAAGAUUGACUCGCACACUAACGAGUACACUAUAGGGACACCAGUCAGCAUAACGAGUCUAGACUCGCCCCACAACUCAUGGAUGAUGCGGAAAUCUCACUCACUCGCCUUCAACACAAUGGAAGAUAAAGAGGACUCCCCUGAGGGGAUGGUGAAAGACGUAGAGAAAGUGAAACAGGAGCUGGCAGACGUCUUCAAUCCGGAGCUGGCCAUGGCUUCCUACAUCCCGUUCCUCAGAAUCUUUGGGAAUACCCACAUGGAGCAGUUCCUGCCCAAUGAAGAUCUCAUUAGACAGCUGUGUUCUCAGUACGACAUGAGUGUAGGACAGACAUCUCCAGAGAGUUCAUCAGAACUCACAUCUCCAAUAGAGGAGUACAUUCCAUCCCAGCAGUCUACAGGGUCCACUGCAGCCGUCACUGGAAACAAAAUAGAGGUCACAAACACACACACAGACAUGAUCAGAUUCGGUCCUAUCCACCGCUCCUCUCGGAUCCUCACCUUGGAUCCUGAUGAAACCAAGUGUGAAUAUAAAGAGAGACAUAAACAGAGGCACCUGAAGGGGAACUGGCUGGCCUACUGGGAACACGAGCUAGGUUUGAGUGAGCGAGACUCCCUGUUCAACUUUAAACAAAUCAAACUUCAGACAUUUGAGGGGCACAGCAGCAGUAUCAGAGCUUUGGUCGCCCUGGACAAUGAGAAUUCCUUCAUCAGCGCCAGCAAAGACAAAACGGUCAAACUGUGGUCAAUAAGAAGCUUUGGUGACGGAAAUGGAAGAUGUAGAUGCCAGUACACCUAUCAGGGACAUAAGAAAUCGAUUUUCUCUAUCGUUUACUUGGAUACCGUACAACUGGUGGCUUCCUGUGACAGCAGUGUUCAUAUAUGGGACCCCUUUACCGGUGAAAUAGUGAGAAUGCUGGAUUCCAAUGGAUCCUCUCAACCAAUCACAGCCAUGACGACCCUACCAGCUCCCAGUACCAUGAUUGUCACGGCAACCAACGAAUCCAUGCUGAGAUACCUAGAUUUGCGAUCAGCUGAGUUUGCACACGAGUUCAAAACAUCGACUACUUCUGCUGGUUUGAUUCGCUCUCUGACCGUCAGUCCAGACAACAACUGGAUAGCUAUUGGAUUCUCCUCAGGUCUUAUGUCCCUGCUGGACCAGAGGACAGGAUACCUGAUGGCUACCUGGAAGGGACAUGAGGGAGAAAUUUUACAGGUGAAGGCAUUUAACAGAAAUACCUUUGUGUCAACUUCAUUUGACAACACAAUGAAAGUUUGGAGCUCAGAAGACAUUAAAGAUCCCUGUGUACUUAAAGGUCACACGGAGCCUGCCCACUGCUUCACGUUUUACCGAGAUCAAGUUGUCAGUGCCACCACAGGAAACAAGAUAGGAGUUCACUCCUCAGUAGACAGUCAGGCAAACUUUACUUCUACAAAGCUGAAAAGUGACACCUUUAAGGGAGUGUUGACCAGUCUAGCGGUUCUUCCGCUAAAUAGAACACUUCUACUGGGAGCCGACAAUGGCAACAUACGGCUACUGUGCUAGAUACAUGUAAACAUGGGCCCAAUGCUAGAUACAUGUAAACAAGGGGCCUAUGCUAAAUACAUCUACAUAUAUAUGUGGCAGCUUUGCUAAAUACAUAUAAAUAUGGCAACUAUGCCAGAUACCUGCAAAUACAGCUGCAGCUCAAGUAAAUUUGGCUACUGUGGUAGAUACAUGUAAAUAUGGCUACUGUGCUAGAUACAUGUAAAUAUGGCUAUUGUGCUAGAUAUAUGUAAAUAUGGCUACUGUGGUAGAUGCUACUGUGGUAGAUACAUGUAACUAUGGCUAUUGUGCUAGGUACAUGUAUAUAUGGCUACUGUGGUAGAUACAUGUAAAUAUGGCUACUGUGCUAGAUACAUGUAAAUAUGGUUAUUGUGCUAGAUACAUGUAAAUAUGGCAAUUGUGCUAGAUACAUGUAAAUAUGGCAAUUGUGCUAGAUACAUGUAAAUUGCUAUUGUGGUAGAUACUCCGGUACAUGUAAAUACUGUGCUAGGUGUAUGUAAAUAUGGCUACUAUGCUGGAUAAUUGUGGAUAUAGAGUCUUUGAUGAACAAUGACAUCACAGUAGCCAUAAAUAAUAAAACUUUAUAAACUGAUACUCAGUUUAUCAUAUCAUCAGGUUUUUGUCACUGAUACACUUAAUUCCAGAUAUUCUUCAUUGUUUAUGUUUCAUAUUGUUGUUUGUGAAGAUUUCAUGUGCUACAUGUCAGUGCAAUAUUUCUGCUCAAAGAGCACUUUCAAAGUUGAUAUUGUCAGCCAUAGUUGUUUUAUUGUAUGUUUUAUGUUUGAAUUAUUUUCUAUUUUUAUAGCAUAUGCAAUAAAUGUCCUGCAACUAAU